GUGAUUUACAAAUCCCUCACAAAAUGCACGCGCAUAAACGGCAGUUGAAGAUUACACAGGCAGAUGAUAUAUCGCUUUAAGAAAUGGCGGGAUGCACGCGCGUGUGUCUUCCGAUGGACUAAUAUGUUUUUUUCAACUUUAAGAUAUCGUUAAAAACAGUGCAAACUUUAAAUCUUUGUCCAGCACGAUGUAUUAUGCUCAACUCUUCACCUCUAAACGAGGCACACUAGCCAAGAUCUGGCUGGCAGCUCACUGGGAGAAGAAGAUAACUAAAGCACAUGUGUUUGAAUGUAACCUUGAGACCACCAUCCAAGAAAUUUUAUCUCAGGUUAAAAUUGGUUUGCGGACUUCUGGUCACCUUCUCGUAGGAGUUGUUCGGAUAUACUCUCGGAAAACCAGAUACUUGCUUGCAGAUUGCAGCGAUGCAUUGGUCAAAAUUAAAGUGGCUUUCCGGCCAGGACAAACAGAUUUGCCUGAGGAUGCAUUGGAGGCCACGUUUAAUCAUAUCACUCUGCAAGAAGACUUCAUUGACUUUGACCUCCAAUUGCCUGAUCUCAACACCAUUGAUGUGGUAGACCACUUCUCUUUGAAUCAAUGUCGCACAGAAGACAUUACUCUAAAAGAGACAUUGGCAAGCAACUAUCUCAACAUGGGUUUAGGGGAUGAAGCCCACACAAUUCAGGGACUGUUUGAUCAAAGUUUCAGCGUUCAUGGCGACUGCUUUGGCGAUGAAGAUAUGCCUGUUGACCUCAUUGAUUUUAUAGCAAGCACCAGUAAGGAUGCUCGAGUGACUGAUUUCUAUGAGAAGAACACGCCAAGUGAAUUACCAGCUACACCUCCACCAACUGCCAUUGGUGUAGAAGAGCCAGUGUUUGUGAAUCCAGAGGUGUCCACUUCAGAAAUGAGUAUGAAUAGUCAGAACGUAACCGAGACCACGUUUUUAGUGCAUGCAGAGGAAGGCUUUGCCCUCGCACCCACUGCUGCUACACCAUCUUCCGUUAAAAAGAGAGGGAAGAGGAAAAGGAAGUUGGUGGUUGAUCGAUCAAAAGAACUAACUAACGAUGUCAUCAAGGAACAUCUGUCUGACACCUCUGAUAUUUUAACUGUAUUGGAAAUAGCCCCACCCACUCGUCAGCUCAUGGAGUGGAAGGAAAACGGAGGGGUGAAGCAACUGUUCUCAUGUUUCUGCCUUUCAGUCUUACACCCCGACUUAAAGCAGCUGUUGCCUCGUGACAUGUCUGCUAGGAGACAGAGGCUGAGCGAGGAAGCAAGAGAGCAGAUAGACCCCGAGGAGAUGAGAGAGCAAAUCAGAGAGGCUGACGAAGAGGACACUGCUGACCCAGUGUUGGAUGACUGGAGUCUGCUACAGGAGUCUGUAGAUCAAGAUAGAGCAGCAGAUACUUCUGUAGAGCCAUCCAUCACUCAUGCAGCACCUCCACCUCCCUGGAACACAACCAGUGAGGAGAGUAGGAUGGAGGUGUCAUAUCCUGAGCCUCUCUCUGAGGACACAAUGUUGGUUGAUCCAUCUGGAGAGAUAGGGGAAACCUCCGGAGUGACACAGACACUGGUGCAGUCUUCUCUGGACAGUCAAGAUGUGGAAGAUAGGAGAAUGACCAGUCAGGCACACAAACUCCUCCAAAUGCUCAAAAGUCAAAACUGCUCUCCGAAUGCAACAUACAGCCUUCACGCUAUAUGUGAGGGAAGCAGUCGUUCAUAUGUAGCAGCAGUAUUCUUCUGCCUACUGGUGUUAAAGAAGCAAGAGGCGCUGAACCUGCAUCAGAGCGCCCCCUACAGUGACAUCAUAGCCACACCUGGACCCCGCUUCCACUCACUGUAGAACAAGUCAUCCUCAGCUUUAGGAGCCAUAAACUUUACUUGAAUUUAUAAGUUAUUAAAAGCCUUAGGCUUGUUGCAUGUUCUUGGUUUGAAGCACAUUGCUGCCCUGUUUAGGUAGACAACUCACCUUACUAAACAUGAUGAACUAAAAUCCAAAACGAUUGUAAAUAAUUUUGUCAUUUUUAUCUGAAUUUAUAGUGUUGUAUAGUGUAAAACAAGGUAAUAUAUACUAAGAUCUUUCACAUUUUUAUGACCUGGGUCUGGACCCCGAACUAUAGAGCAGCAGGCAUCACACUGGACUGUUUUUAUCUCUAUAUCAACUUAACAUUUGAUUGUCUCAGCCUAGUAUAAUACAUAAAAUACAUUCUUUAGGUUCAUCACAAUAGAGGUAUAGGUUAAUAAGUACGUUGAAAUGGCAUGGACAAAAACCCAGUAGGUUGUUCUGUUCAUUUCUCUCUACACAGAUUCAUAGCCUAGUUAGGUUAAACUUGGUUGGUUUUGUCCUGUGUUGAGUGUGUUUCCUAUUUUUGGUCGUGUUUUCACCCUUUGCUUGUUAA